AUGGCCGAGGAGAAGCCCAUCAGUCUGCCAGCCAAGCUCAUCAAUGGCGGCAUCGCUGGGCUGAUUGGGGUCACCUGCGUGUUCCCCAUCGACCUGGCCAAGACGAGGCUGCAGAACCAGCAGAAUGGCCAGCGCAUGUACAGGAGCAUGUCGGACUGCCUCAUCAAGACCAUCCGGUCCGAGGGUUACUUCGGCAUGUACCGUGGAGCUGCCGUGAACCUAACGCUCGUCACCCCAGAGAAGGCUAUCAAGCUGGCAGCCAAUGACUUCUUCCGUUACCAGCUCUCCAAGGAUGGGGAGAAGCUGACGCUGCUGAAGGAGAUGCUGGCUGGCUGUGGGGCGGGCACCUGCCAGGUGAUUGUGACGACCCCCAUGGAGAUGCUGAAGAUUCAGCUGCAAGAUGCUGGCCGCAUAGCGGCCCAGAGGAAGAUCCUGGCCACCCAGGCCCAGCUCCCGGCCCACGGUGGGGCCCAGCCCAUGGCGGAGGCUCCUGUAGCUCCCCGGCCCACUGCCACCCAGCUGACUCGGGACCUGCUCCGGACCCGAGGCAUCGCCGGCCUCUACAAGGGACUGGGGGCCACGCUGCUCAGGGACGUCCCUUUCUCCAUUGUGUAUUUCCCACUCUUCGCCAACCUGAACCAGCUGGGCCAGCCAUCGUCCGGGGAGAAGGCCCCAUUCUAUGUGUCCUUCCUGGCUGGGUGUGUGGCUGGGAGUACAGCCGCUGUGGCCGUCAAUCCCUUUGACGUGGUGAAGACACGCCUCCAGUCCCUUCAGCGUGGGGCCAACGAGGACACCUAUUCGGGGUUCCUGGACUGUGCCAGGAAGAUCCUGCAGCACGAGGGUCCCUCGGCCUUCCUGAAGGGUGCCUACUGCCGCGCCCUGGUCAUCGCCCCGCUGUUCGGCAUUGCCCAGGUGGUCUACUUUCUGGGCAUCGCUGAGUCCCUGCUGGGGCUGCUGCAGGGGCCCCAGGCCUGA